AUAACGCGCCAUUAAGGUGGGAGCAAUCGAGGGAGGAGGACGUGUGUGUGUGUCUCUGACUGACGGCUGGCCAGUGAGAGGAGGGCCUGUAUAUACGUCACAAUGUUAACGUAAACGCAACAACAACCCUGAAGCACCAAUAUAAGUAGGAAUUGGUGCGCCAGGGCCAAGUGAAGCCCGUGAUGGAAGCGACAGCAGCGGGAACUGCGGGGGGACGAAUGGUGACCGCCACCCCCUCGCCGCCUGCUGCAGGAGUCCCGGGAGCAGGAGGCGACCCCGACCACCACCACCACCACUUGGUCCACCAAGCUCACCCAGGCCUCCAAUGGAAAUCAGCAGAGAACAUCUUUCUGACCAGCUCAGGCGGGAGCGUCUUGCAUCCACCACUUGAAGAAGAUGAUGAUGGAGGUGGUGGUUUGCGUGAGGCGCCUAGCAACCCUCAUCGCCUAGUGUCGUCUGUGUCGGCCUACCCUCUUCCUACCACCAACAUUGUUUCUGCUGGCAUGGUCAAUGCAACCCAAUCCCCUGCUAUUGUUACUGCUUCUGCUGCUGCUUCUACCUUUACCAUAUGUUCUACCUCCUCUUCUUCAUCUGCCUCCACAAACUCUUCCUCAUAUCAUGUUGGAAUGCAGCAAAGUCAGUCUCCUUCCUCUUUGACCAAUUCCACCUCACUCACCGGCGGACACAACAGCACAACUCGCUCCGGGGGUGAAUAUCCCUCCUCAAAUUGCCUCUACCAUGGCUCAGAGGCUCCAUCAUCCACACCCAACCCCUCCACCUCCCCACCUGCUGCUGACCUGGGUGGCUCCUUGAAUCAUUCUGCCGGGGGCCUUGGGGGCCUGGCGCCUCUUGAUCUCUCGGGGAUUCCUCCCAUCACACAUGUUACCCUCCCCACCCCAACAGAAAAUGGAGAGGGCAGAUUCAGCCAAAGUCCAGCACCAAGCCCCAAACCAAGCCCUACACUCAUGCCUCGCCAGACUUCUUGUGACAGCUUUGAUGAGCGAGUCACCAGGAAUGACAGCUGUGGAGUCAUUUCAAGAGAAGGAAGCAUAGAGAGAUCUCUUACUGAGGUCUCAUUAGAUCAACAAGGAAAUGAAAGAUUGCCGGACUCAGUUAGCAGGUCUUCAGAGUCCAGUCGGUCAGUAGAGGCUCCCCGAACUCCUGAAAUCGGCAGCAACAUCAAUGGUGUAAUAGGCAAAGAAAGGAAAGAGUCACGGGAUUCCAAGUCUGGUGACAAGAAGAGCAACAAGGCAUGGUACAAAAUGCUGAACCCUACUUACAAAAGUAGAUCGGAAGACCUCAAAAGAUUGUUCAAAGACUUACCUUCUGAUGAAAGACUAAUUGUUGACUAUUCCUGUGCACUGCAGAAGGACAUCUUAGUUCAUGGUCGCCUUUAUGUUACACCAAAUUACUUUUGCUUCUAUUCCAAGAUAUUUGGCUGGGAGACCUUUGUGUCCAUCAAGAGCAAGGAUAUAGUGGCAAUGACUAAGGAGAAGACUGCCCUGGUUAUUCCUAAUGCUAUUGAGAUCAGAACUGAAGGAGAGAAACACUUCUUCACUUCCUUUGCUUCUCGAGACAAAACCUACCUCAUGCUUUUCCGUAUUUGGCAGAAUGCUCUGAUGGACCAGCAAAUGAGUGCAACAGAGUUGUGGCAGUGGGUCCACUCCAGCUAUGGGGAUGAACUUGGCCUGACCAGUGAUGAUGAUGACUAUGUUGCUCCAUCCACUGAGGAUGAUGCCAAGACCAACACCAUCAUGCAUGGCACUGACCGCUCUUGUGAUGCACCCAGCUUGAACCCAGCCCACAAAUUGUUCAGCGUGGACUCUAUAGAGGAUGCUUGUUCAGGAGAGAAUGGUGUGGAUGUGUCAUCAGCACCGCCUGUGCCAAAGAAUGGGGGCAUUGACUCUGAGACCUUUGAUUUGGUUGGGACAGAAAACUCCAAAGCGCCUUCAUCACCCACUAAGUCUCCACAACAUCACACCCCUCUCAAUGCCUCUCCACAAGCCAAUGACAUCCUCCCAACUGACAUGUCAGACACCACAGAGAGUGAACCUGACAGCAAGAUAACAUGUUUGUCAACUGGGGAGCUAGUGGCCUGCCCUAACCUGAGCACACACCACCAGGGACGGGAGAUCAUCAAUACUGUGUAUGCCCUACCUGUGGAUGCUGUAUUCACCCUCUUGUUUACUAACUCCAAAUUCAUGUUGGAUCUUUACACUGCCAGGAAAACUACAGAUGUCAUAGCCAGUCCUUGGCAGAGUAACCCAGAGACUAAUCAAAAGCUACGCCAGGUCACCUACACUCUUGCUCUUCCGCCCAAUAGUUUUGGCCCCAAGGUGUCACACGUCACUGAGACACAGGUGGUUUCCCCAUUCAGCAAGCAUGGGGAGAUAUACACUGUUGACGCAGAGGCUUGCAAUGCUGGGAUCCCUUACGCAGACUCCUUUUUUGUGUCCAACCACUGGUGUUUAACCCGGGAGUCAGCCACAGAGACUAGACUCAGCGUUUGGUCUCAAGUCAAGUACAAGAAAAAUGUGUGGGGAUUCAUGAAGGGGGUGAUUGAUAAGAAUGCAUAUAGUGGUGUUGACUCACUCCUGAAUGACAUCAAUGCAGCCUUGCUGGCAGAGGUUGACCGCACCAACCUGAAGAGAACACGUAGGAGGCGGCGUAGAGGAGGCAGUAAAGGAGAACCUCCAGAUGUGCUCCUUCCUUCACAAGUCUAUCCAGAUAAAGUAAAGGAUAUCCAUAAGGCUACACAGAUACCUGCCAGGAAGCUAACACUUCCAACAGUGACACCUGAGAGUAGUGGCCUGUCCAAUGAAGGUCCCGUGAGACUGGUGGUAUUGAUCCUCAUCGUGGUCCUUAUCCUGAAUGCACUUCUCUACUAUAAGCUUUGGGCACUUGAAGACAAAAUGUUCCACCGCUCUACUUCAUAUCCCACACUAGAUCCUGCCAUGUUCAGGUCUGGAUCAUCUGGAGCCUCCCUGGAGGAGUGGGUGAGAAUACUCCAACAGCAAGAAGCAUUACAUGCAGCAGAGGUUGAAAGAUGGCGCAAAUCCAUAGAAGAGGCAGCAGGGUUUCUAAGAAAGGCUGAAGAGUCUUUACGUUCCCUCCACACUUCCAUCCCUCCACAUCAUGCCUCAAGACUCCAGUUACUCCUAAGACAAAUUCAAAAUCUACAUGAGGCAGAAUCUCAGCGCAAAGUCCCGCCAGAAUCCAGCCAUUGGAACCAGCAGACCAAAGGUGAAGGGCCUCUCAAAGGACCAACUAUUGAAGAACCAACUAGUGAUAAAGUUUUAAGACAUUUGCAAGGUGAACUGUGAAAUUAAUUUUUAAUUUGAAAUGAAAGUUUAGAAAUUGAGAAACUGAGCUCUUCAUUGCUGCACAGGGGUGGACUGGGAUGGACCCUUUUUUUUACAUAUUUAUUUAUUUUUUUUUUUCUCUCUCUCUCUCUCUCUCUCUCUCUCUCUCUCUCUCUCUCUCUCUCUCUCUCUCUCUCUCUCUCUCUCUCUCUCUCUCUCUCUCUCUGUAUUUAGAACACUAUUUAGUUCCUGCCAUCUUACCUUUGUGAAAACAUGUUAUUUUAGUGAUAGAUACCAAGCCUUACCAGAAAUCAUACUGGUGAUCUAGUCGAACAAUAAAUUAAAAUCAGAGAUCAUUAACAAUUACAGUUUUUCAAAGUUUUAUAUUUAUAAUUAAUAAUAUAUGUCGAUAGCUUAUAAUUUAAAAAUUCAGAUUUUGGGCUGGUGUGUGAAUGAAUGAGAUGUCUCACCACCUCUACAUGUUAGGUUUAGAAUGAGUGUCUGAUGGAUGAAGCUGAUGGUUGUGGAAUAAAUGCAAUUCAUUCCAUUUUGUGGUCCACACCAGGUUACUCAGGAGCAAGCCUGAUUAAGAUGCCAAACCCACCAAGAAUGAUCUUAAGUAACUUAUUGAAUGCCAGUGCUGCUGUAUUUAUAUACUAUCAAUGAUAUCUCUAUCCAUUUCUCUUGCUCAUGCAGAGAAAAGUUGUUUACAGAGAUAAUUUAUAAGAAUGAAAAAACAGUAGACAUAAUCCCUCAUGAUGUUACCCACUCAUGUGUUCAGAUUUCCCAGGUGGACCUUCUUUCACCAAGACAACUUUUUUUUUUUCUUACUUUUGUGAAGGUUGAUGAAUGGACCAGACCAUACCAAUAGCAAUAUUAACAAUAAUAAAUAUAAUAAUGAUAAAAAUCAACACCAGAAAAAGUGACCUUCAAAAAAAAUGUGCUUGUACUUGGCGUAAAGGUUUGCCAGAUAUAUUAGAACAGUUUCUGGUCUCAAGUCUGAAAAAAUAAUUUAACAAAGGCACAUAAUGCACAUUUUCUGCAAUCAUCCAUUUCAACUUAUUUUUUAACAGUAAAAAUCAUGCAACUACUGCAUGUUCUCUUAGAAGGAUGUGCCAUAUUGUCAGCUAUUUCUAGAGAAGCCACAAACUUCAUUGCUGUGCAUCAUGGAGGCAUCCAGUGAGUGAAGAGAGUAAAAGUAUGAAGGGAAUAUCUGAGUCACACCAUAACAGAAACCACUGAAAAUGUAUUUGAUUGUUUAUUUCAUCAAUUAGUCAUAACAGUUACAGGCUGAUGGAGUUAAGAAAAGUUGAUAAAAUGGUAAUAGGCUGAUGGAGUUAAGAAAAGUUGAUAAAAUGGUAACACUUGGAAAGAAAAUAUUUUCAUACACUGGUAAGGUAAUGCUGUAAAGCAUUGGAAUGGGUUAGUUUUCACACAUUUUAGGGGAAAGGGAGGGGGUAGGGCUGGUAUUGGAAGCCAUCAUUAUGAUAAGAAACACAUGCUGGUAAUAUGGAAUGAUGUUAACAUUUAAGGAUAAAAAUUAGAUCAACCUGGUGAUUGGCACAACACUUUGUCACUGGGAAGGCCUGAUGUUCCUUGUCAAUCAUCCCACCAAUAUGGAUAGUAAACACUUACUGUAGAUGUACAGUGCAGUAAAUCUAUUUUUAUUAAUGAAAAGCAACAGAAGAAGUCUGACAAAUUAUUUUGAAGAGAAAUGUUAUAUGGCUGUAAUGCUGAUCUAUGCUGAUCUGUGAAGAACCUGUGUUUCUAACAUUUUUAUACAGCAUUGUAUCUUACCAUAAUUGCAAACAAUAUCAGAUAUGUUUUCAAACCAUUCAAAAGAAUUGUCUGUACAUAAUGUUAAAGAAAAUAAUUCACAGGUCUAGCUCAGCCUGGCAUUAUUUCCUCUAAUUUAUGACUUUUUAUGUAUUAUGAUCAGUCAAAGGUUCAAAGGGAAGUUUCACAGUGUCACUUUUUUUCCAUGCAUCAACUUCCAGCUUGCUUUUAUGUUAGUUACCAUCAUGUUUUUUGCAUUUCUGUAAUACUUUUUUUGGUGGGGAAUUUAUCUACUUAAAGUCAUUCUUUGUGAUAAAAAUAUGAACUUAAUAUAAGUCAUUCCAUUUGGCUGUGUGGACUGGUGUUGUCUAUUGCUUUGAGGAAAUUGUACAAAUAUUUUCCUUUUAAGAAACACCUCUACCAGCCACACCUUGAAUGCACCUUUCUUUGCAUAUUAUAAUAUUUAUAUAUUAUUGAUGAAGCACAAGUUUUCUUGCUGGUUUUUCUUUUUCAUAUUUGAAAGUUAUUCUAUGUUCCAAAAAAAGAAACUCGAUCAAGCACACUAUCUAUCAAAUAUCAUUGCACCCCAGAUUAUACAACAGCAAUAAAAUUUUCACCUUAUUUCACAUUUGAGAAAUGGAUGUUUUAGUGUCACGAGCUGUCUGUGAUACAAGUAGGCAUAAGUAACGAUGUUUAUGAGUACUUUUAAUAAUUGUUUCAUGGUUUUAAUUAAGUUGAUAAACAAUGUAUAUUUGUGAGCUGCCUUCCUACUGUAGCCAGCGUUCAACACAAAGUAUUGAAGUAACUAAAGAUACUUAAUCUAAAUUUAUAUCACCAAAGGUUACAUACAUAUGCACUAUUAGUUAUCUUAGCUUUGUUGGGAUGGAUGGUAUAUACAAGUAAGGAAGUCAUCAUAACAAAGAAACACGCCAUGAACUUGAUACAUAUUACUGUAAUGAUAUCUCAAAAUAUUGUUUGUUUCCUUCCUACACAAAUCAAUGCCACUUUUCUUAAAAAGUAUUUGGUAGGUUUUAAAUCUUUGAAAGUGGAUUAUUGAUAGCAUUGCAGAAUUCAGCUAUAGUGUAAUUAUAAACAUUAGGUUACCAUGUUCUUUCCUAGCAGUUAGUUUUGUAGCCAUGUAUUGACUAUGGCUUUAAAAAUAUGGAAUGUCAUCUUUUCCCAUUCUUCCAUGCAUUUUUUUUUUUUUCUUCUUCUUAAGAAAUGCCAUAAAAGAUAGCUUCAGGGGCACUUAACAUCCACAGUGUGUUGUCUGUUGAGUUCUUGAAUAAAGUAAGGAAGCAUUGUUUGAGGCACAAUUUGAAAUGAAAAAAAAAAUGUAUAACUGUUGAGGCUUGUGUUAAUGCAUCUUGUCUGUUAGUAUUGUAUACAAGCAUGGAAGAACCCAAAGCAUUAAACUACGCAAUGUACAUACAAUAAUUCUAAGUAUAAACUUGGCUGUUACAUAUUACAGUUCAAUAAAGGAGCUCCAUGUA